UCAAACAGGAUAGCGGCACAUUCUUUUCAGAUUCUUCGGUUUAGGGCUUUAAAAUUAUAGAUUUUUUUGCUUGCUUUAAAUCUCCUCACUGCUUCUUGUCUCGUUCUGUGACACCCUGUCCUGAAUCCGGAGUUGUUUCACUCUUAGUUGACCCUCCUUUUUAUUUUUGAUCCCAAUCUGAUGCUGAGCUCUUCCUUCUUCCAUGCCUCCUUGUCCCUGUCAUCCUCCUUGACUCGCUCCUCUCUCUGCAUCAUCUAUUUCUUUGUGGUGUUACAAUGCCAGUCAUGGAGGGGCUCUGGGGUCCAGAUCUUCGGAUGCGGGACUCCGAUCCUGGUGUCAGGGUCUGUCCAGACCAGCCUCCCGGUCCACGAAUGUGGCCCCCUCCUAUUUCUUGUGCUGGGCUGUCGCUGGCCCUGGAGCUUCCAACUCUGAUCCGACAGCUCAAAGAGGCUUGGAGAGCUCGCAGGGGAGGACCGCAGGGGCCAGAGAAAGGUGAAGGCAGCUGUUGGGUGGAAGAGGAACAGGAGGAAGUUGGCGAGGUAAAACAGCUGAAGCUGAUCAAAGGGAACAGCAGUACACAUCUGGAAGCUGAUGGAACGCUGAACCCUGUUCAUGCUGGUGUGUUGCUGGCAGAGAGACGAGGUUCUUUCCCACCCAUUGAUCUGCGGAUCCUGAAAACAAGUUCCCAGCCAGGAGAGGUUGAGUCCGGCACAAGGAGGAAACUUAAGCGAUUGUUAAGCUUCCAGAGAUACUGCCAUGCCUCCAAGCUGCUGAGGGGAUUAAUGCCCCACACUCCCGGGUCCCUGCACUUGCUGGACGAUGACUACUUGGGACAGGCAGCUCACAUGCUCUCAAAAGUAGACACGUGGAACUUUGACAUUUUCCUUUUUGACCGACUUACAAAUGGUAACAGUCUGGUGACUCUGAUGAGCCACCUCUUCAAUGUUUGUGGACUGAUUCACCACUUCCAGCUGGAUAUGGUUAAACUACACAGGUUUCUUGGAAUGGUGCAGGAGGAUUACCAUUCCAACAAUCCAUAUCAUAAUGCUGUUCAUGCUGCUGAUGUAACUCAAGCCAUGUACUGCUACCUAAAAGAGACCAAGCUGGCAGAGCGGCUGACUCCUGUGGAUGUCUUCCUGGGUCUGAUGGCGGCGGCAGCUCAUGACGUGGAUCACCCUGGUGUCAACCAGCCGUUUCUCAUUAAAACUAGACACCACCUGGCAUCCCUCUACCAGAACACCUCUGUGCUGGAGAGCCACCACUGGAGAUCCACGGUGGGCAUGCUCCGAGAGUCGGGUCUUCUGAACCACCUGUCUGCCGACAUGUCGCUGGACAUAGAACAGCAGCUGGGCUCACUGAUCUUGGCUACGGACAUCAACAGGCAAAACGAAUUCCUUGCGACACUCCGAGAGCAUCUUGAUAAUCAGGAUUUGGACCUUCAGCUGGCAACACACAGGCAUUUCAUACUGCAGAUUGCCCUGAAAUGCGCUGAUAUCUGUAACCCAUGUCGGGAAUGGCAGAUGAGCAGGCAGUGGAGUGAGAGAGUGUGUGAGGAAUUUUAUAGGCAAGGUGAGCUGGAGAGGAAAUUUAACCUGGAGAUCAGUCCACUUUGUGACCAACAGACAGACUCUAUUCCAGCUAUCCAGAUUGGUUUUAUCUCCUACAUUGUGGAGCCUCUUUUUGAAGAGUGGCAGCGCUUCACUGAGCCCAGCGUGCUCAGCCAAAUAAUGAUGGCCCACCUGCACAAAAACAAGGCCUGCUGGAGCCGCCUCAGAUACGUACACACACCAGUAGAAACAAAAACUCACUCCCACACUGAGGAGCCUGAGCCUCAAGGAGGACAUGAGGAAGCAGAGGACAUCCCAUAAUGUCUCCCUUGUUGCUUUGCUGGGUUUUGAUCUCCUUUUUACAUGGAGGAAGGAUGUUUUUUUAUCCAAAUCCAUGUUUAUUCUCCAGCUCGUUUGCUCCCACGGCUGGCUGCUCUUUACAGUUGGAGCACUGGAAGGCAGGGUGGCAAGUAAAUAAGAACAGCUCCCUCUGCUGGAGCUGGGAUGAAUGAAGCAUUGCCGGGGAACAAAAAGUAAGAAGAUUCAUUGAGGAGCACAAUAAUCGUAGUAUAAAACAAAGAAAAAUAUUGACAAACUUUAGUCUGUACUCAAAUAAAAUGAAAAAGUUAAUGAACUAAAAGGUUUUGGGUUUUGUCGAGAUUUUUAAUAUUGGUUUGGUUUGCAAGCGACAGAACAAAUAAAGGCAGAACUAGAUGGUCAGCUGGACUGUGCUAAAAAUAUAUGUAUAUUAUCAUUUUAUUAUUAAGAAUGUACUAAUAAUCAAAUUUUUAAGUGUCAAAAUGCUUGCACUGUAUUUGGUUUUUUUGUGUGUCUUUAUCUCACUUGUUUACCUUUCACUGAAGUGCGUUUCUAACUCUUAAGCAUCGAGUCGUUGUGUCGAGGUACUCUACACCGUAACAUACAGCAUGUUCUCCAUUUAAGACUGACUCAGCUCAUCGAUUUAAAUAAUGACUCACCCUAAAAGUGGCUUAGGUCGGUGUUGCUGCCUUGAUGUUUCAUAGUCAGGCUGAAUCAUCGCGUGAUGAGCCAAAAAACGGUUUCAUCAGAUUAUAAGUUGUAUAAACUUUACAUACUGUGAUGUAUAAUCCCAGCAGUUCACAUGCCAAAAACCUUUUUAUGUCUGUAUUCUGUAACUCAUUUCACUUUUCUCUAACUGAAUGGAUUUUAAUCACAGCCUCACUUUAAAAUCUCGUGCACAAAAAAGCCUUAACAGCUGCUUUAUCUUUCAUUGAAACAUUUUUUUUUUUUUUUUUUUUUUUAUGUGCUUCUCUGGACAGUAGGUUUCAUCAUAUAAAAGUUUCUGCCUGCUCUACUUCAGCCAUAUAAGCUCCCUGAAACACAGACUCAGUACUGUAGUGGCUUGGCUCCCGGUUGAUUAUCAUUAGCUCACUGCUUCGUUAACUGUCUACGUUUUUUUGGUUUUGAAACGCUUGUUUGUCAUAGUUUGAUGAAAAAACAAAGAAGCUUUCAAUAUGAAUACGUUUGAAAAAUGGUUUUGCAGUCAUACAAUGAAGAAGAAAAUUACAAUAGAGUUUGCAUUUUGAUUUCUGUUGUUUUUUCCAUAUUUAAAGUUAGCAUGGUUAGCAUUCAUAGUUGUAAAAGGCCUAGAUCAAUGCUUCUGAAACUCAUUAUUGCAAGUACCGCCUCAGUUAAUGAUCUGUUUUUUAAGUACCACCGCUUCACCCACGUGUUUGAAAUAUGUUCUGACUUUUUCUCAAUCAAUUUUUUUUGUUAUGUCUUUAACAAACAAGGAUGCACUUUAUUUGUGCUUUUCUAAUUUGAUUAAUAGUUAAUGUCAUUAAUAAUAAAUAGCCUGAUUGGUUUCACAUUAUUUAAAAAAUCUCACUGGGUUUCAGAACUUUGAAUACGGUAAGUAACAAAAUCGGAUGAAAAGUUUCACAUAUUUUGUGAUAUUAAAUGUACAAAAAAGUGAUACAAAGUUGUUAAAAAAAGGCUAUAAAUAAAUCUAUUAUUGCUUACACUCAAAGCCCUCAUUAGUAAAGCUUAUCUAUUAUGAAAUUGGCUUUUUCUCAGCACUAAUUAAGACGCGCCACUAAAUGGCACACAAUAAUUGCAUCAAAUAUAUUUUCAAACAAUGGUAUUGAUUGAUGGCCUGAUCAUUUAAAAGUAUCAGUCUCUAUCUAGGUAGUGCUUGAGGGUUUGCAUACAUUGCAUUUCUUUCCCCGAUUAGCAAUACUUGAUGCUAUAACUGUCCAUCCCUACUGUAGAAUAGAUCGUUUCUCAGUGCAAUUUUAACGUCAGUCACAUUUACAUC